AUGUUCAUAGCAUCAUGGAUCUGGGGGACAGUGAUAACACUCUGUUGUGGGUUUUGGUUUCUUCUAGGGAGAAGGAGGAGGCGACGAGGUGAGCCACCACUUGAAAAUGGCUUCCUUCCAUACUUGGGCUGUGCCUUGCAGUUCGGUGCCAACCCCCUUGAAUUCCUCAGAGAAAAGCAGAAGAAGCAUGGCCACAUUUUCACUUGCAGAGUAGCGGGGAAAUACAUUCAUUUCCUCACUGACCCCUUCUCAUACCAUGCAUUGAUACGCCAGGGAAAACACUUGGACUGGAAAAAAUUCCAUUUUGCUACUUCUGCUAAGGCUUUUGGGCACGGUAGCAUUGACCCAGCUGAGGGAAACACCACUGAAAAUUUUCAUCAGACUUUCAUUAGGACCCUUCAAGGUAAUGCCUUAGAUGCCCUCAUUAAAGCAAUGAUGGAAAAUCUACAGUACGUCAUGCUGCAGUCAAGAACAUCUAAACUUCAGUCUAAUACCUGGGUGACAGAAGGACUUUAUACGUUCUGUUGCCAGGUGAUGUUCGAGUCUGGCUUUUUAACACUUUUUGGUAAAGAAUUUAAUUCAAAUAAUGACAAAAAUCUAUCAUCAAAGCAGGAAACUGAGAGAGCUCAUAUCCUAAAUGCCCUCGAAAACUUCAAGGAAUUCGAUAGGAUCUUUCCAGCCCUUGUGGCGGGGCUGCCUAUCCACCUCUUCAAGAGUGCCCACAGCGCCCGUGAGAAGCUGGGAGAGGCACUCCUCCACAAGAACCUCCUGAAGAGGGACAACCUCUCUGAGCUUGUCACCCUCCGCAUGUUCCUGAAUGACACUCUGUCAACCUUUGAUGACAUGGAAAAAGCGAAGACCCAUGUGGCAGUGCUCUGGGCCUCGCAAGCCAACACCAUUCCUGCCACGUUUUGGAGCUUGUUCUAUCUUCUUAAGAGUCCCGAAGCAAUGAGAGCUGCUACCAAGGAAGUGCAAAGUAUUUUGGAAAGUGCCGGAGAGAAGAUCAGCUUAGAUGGCAAACAUAUUUCCUUGAACCGAAAACAGCUGGAUAAUAUGCCAGUACUAGACAGCAUCAUCAAGGAGGCAAUGAGGCUAUCGAGUGCAUCCAUGACUUUCCGAGUUGCCAAGGAGGAUUUCACUUUGCACUUAGAGAAUGAUUUUUACAACAUUCGCAGUGAUGAUAUUGUAGCUCUUUAUCCUCAACUGUUGCAUUUUGAUCCAGAAAUCUAUGCUGAUCCCUUGACAUUCAAAUAUGAUCGCUUUCUCAAUGAGAAUGGAGAAGAAAAGACUGACUUCUACCACAACGGUCGCAAGUUAAAGUAUUACUAUAUGCCAUUUGGGACAGGCAUAGCAAAAUGCCCUGGCAGGUUAUUUGCCGUCCAUGAAAUUAAACAAUUUUUGGCUUUGAUUUUUUCAUAUUUUGAGAUAGAGCUUGUGGACAAUAAUGUGCAAUGUCCUUCUUUAGAUCAAUCCCGUGCAGGACUGGGUAUUUUGCAACCAGCCAAUGACAUUGAUUUCAGGUAUAGACUGAAAUGCCCAUGA